AUGAAUGAGAAUAUUCCUGAAUUAAUAUUAAAAUAUGAAAGGAAAGAAAAGGAAAGAUUAAAAAAAAAAAAAAAAAAACGUAAAAUAUACAAUAUUAAUUAUAGUUUUAUAUAUCUUAUUUUUUUAUAUAAUAAAAAUAAUUUAAUCGAAAUUACAACAAAAAAUUUUGAUUCAUUAAAAGGUGAAAUUAUAGAAAUUAAAAAGAAUUCGAAUAAUAGCUUAAAAGGAAUUGUUUUAAUAAAUGUAAUAAAGAAUAAUCAGACUAAUUUUUUAUUUAAAAAAUUAUAUAUAUCUUUGUUAAAUAUCUAUACAUGUAUACCUAUCAAUAAUUGUUUAAAUAAUAAUAUAAAAGAAAGAAAUGUUUCCAAAGUUAUUCUUAAUGGAUAUAAAAAUUUAAUGCUUAAUGAGAUUUACGAAAAAUUUAAAAAAAUUGGGGGAUAA